AAUAACAGCUGGUUGUGAAAUAAGCCAUUUAAAUGCCACCUACAUGAAUUCUGAGUGUUUGUGUGGCAAGUCAAACGUAUCUUGUGACUUUUGUAAAACGGCAGUUAGUUAGACUCGCUCACAGGCGACUAUCACAUCUGUUGUCACCGUCCAAAAAGUAGUGGGAAACAGCAGCACCGCUAACUUUACUAACAUUAGCAUCUAUACAAGGCUACUAGUCAUACAUUUCGACUCGUAAGGUUUACUGUAGUGACUCCAAGUGAACACGUUCGCGUAAUUGAACAGAGGAAAUGACAGUUUGUGUCUACAAGUGGAACAGAGAAGUUACCCUCCGUCAGGUGUGAGUGGACGUUAGCCUCCUGCUCCUGCUGCUGUUCGCCGUCGACAUGGACUCGUAUCACGUCUUGGAGCUGGCGGGGGAGGGCUCGUUCGGUCGAGUUUACAAGGGAAGGAAGAAGUUUACUGGCCAAGUGGUGGCUCUGAAGUUCAUGCCCAAAGUGGGUCGUUCGGAGAAAGAGCUGCGAAGCCUCAAGAGGGAGAUCGAGAUCAUGAGAGGUCUGGAGCACCCAAAUAUUGUCCAGCUCUAUGACAGCUUUGAGACUGAAACUGAGGUUGUGGUUGUAACUGAGUAUGCGGAGGGGCAGUUGUUCCAGAUUCUUGAGGAUGAUGGGAACUUGCCAGAGAGCCAGGUCCGUGAGAUCGCCUGCCAGCUGGUCUCGGCUCUGUUUUAUUUGCACUCUCAUCGCAUUCUCCAUCGAGACAUGAAGCCACAAAAUAUACUGCUGGGGAAAAGUGGAGUGGUGAAACUGUGUGACUUUGGGUUUGCACGGGCCAUGAGCGUCUCCACCUUAGUGCUGACAUCUAUUAAGGGAACACCACUGUACAUGUCUCCCGAGCUGGUGGAGGAGAAGCCAUACGACCACACUGCUGAUCUCUGGUCUCUGGGCUGCAUCCUUUAUGAGCUCCACACGGGGGCGCCUCCGUUCUACACUAACUCCAUCUUCCACCUGGUGCAGCUUAUUGUGAGGGACCCCGUCAAAUGGCCAGACACUAUGAGCGUCGCCUGCACGAGUUUCCUUAAAGGUCUGUUGACCAAAGACCCUCAGAAGCGGCUGUCAUGGCCGGACCUCUUGCACCAUCCCUUUGUUGCUGAUGCUGUUCUAGUGCUCUCCGACACCGGUGUUUUCAGCCCUCUGACAGUCACACCCAGCCCAGACAUGCUGGCGCUGAAACUUCAGCAAGUGGCGGCAAAGACGGUGCCGACGUCUGGACAGAGCAGAUUACUGUGUAAGGCCAGGGAACAGAAGGACAGCAGAGGGAGACCAGUAGGCAGUGACGGCGUGAAAAAAAAGGAUGGAGCGGGAAAUGAAAGGGCUGCGACGGCAGCAGCUUCCCCGAGAGCCAAACCCGCCUCCAGUGAUGUGUCUGAUACCUCGGGUCCGUCACUCGUGACCGCUGCCAAUCAAAGCCUCAAUCCGAAGAAGCCAGCCCACGUGAGACCAAAACACAGGGGUCAGAUCAGCAGGGACUAUGAACAGGAGUUCCCCUCUGUAGUGGUUGGACCCCGACUUGUGCGGAGACACAGUGAGGACAGACAGACAGCACUGCACAGGCAGGACGAUGACAGUGAGGACUACUGGGCGAAACUGUUGCAGGAAUCAGAUCUAAACCAAAAUACCAUCACACCUCAACUUAAAUCCAAGAUCUUGGAAUUUAAAGCUCAGCUGACGGGUGGCAUGGGUCAAGAAACGUGGCAGAUUCACCAACCGCUGAAAGUUCUACGCAACCUGAUUCUGACGUCCGACCCUGAGAAGUCGUACCACAUCGGCCGGGAGCUUGGACUGCCCCAUGUCCUCUUCGAGCUAGUCCAUGAAACUGUCGCAAACUCAAAUUUUGUCAAGCAGCCAAGGAGCGUGCAGAUACUCGGAGAAAUGAUUGUUGUCCUGAUAAUCUACUGGGAGAAGCACUGUGACUGGGCAGAAGAGGAAGAGCAAAGACUGGAAGAGUUCAGCAAGCCCUUCAUCGCAAUUCUCGACCAACCAAACCUCAACCCUUUGGCUCCCCUAGCUGCCUCUGUUUUGUCUCUCUUCACACAACAUAAUGUCGAUGUCGAGGUUGAUAUGGACACUCUCACCUCCUUGCUGAAAACGCUGCUUUUGGACACAUGUGAGCCCCAGUUUUCUCUUCCUUCUGGUUGGGGACUCUGUGACGGUAUCCUGUCUUUACUCCUACACACACUCUCUGAGCAUGAAAAUUGCUCUGGAUCGUCACACUUAGAUCCAGAAGUGUUUCUGGAUCUUUGGAAGAGAAUUGGUGUUUCACUUACAAAGACAACACCGGACACAGUCUUCUGUUCAGCAAAUGGGCUGUAUUCCCUCCUCUCUGCCACUCUCCUUUUCUUCACCAAGGAUCCAUACUCGUGCAUUCCUCUGUUCUCUAACCACAAAUCAAAAUGUGUGUACACUCUCGGCCACCUGCUGGGCACCGAAAGUCUCCACUUGUUUGCUGCAGGCGGUCCUGAGAGACUCGAGGUCGAUGUGUGUCAUGACAGCGUGUCCGUGUUGAGCUGCCACUUGUUGUGCUUUCCGUUCGCCCUGGACGUGCCGUCGCACAACAUGUCGACGAUCAUCCAGCUGUAUGACAGUUGUGGCAUUGUUACGAGCCUGCUGCAGGUAAUCCAAACUUUUCCUCCCCCUCUGCUGGAGCUGCCUCUCUCCCUGCUGAGCCGUUUGCUCCUGUGUGACCCCGGGCGCUCCUCUUCCCGCCUCAGAGCAGCUGCUUGUGGUUUUUUCGUGCCACCCAGGAACGAGCAACAGACGCCGCUCGCCAGAACCGCCAGCUCUUUGCUCUCUGAGCUGCUGCAGCAGGAUGUUCUGUGGGAUUCAGCUGUGGAGCUCCUGAAUCUGUUGUCCCACGAAGCCCGUUGUUCCUCUCGGCAGUCCCGCCUUCGGCUUUACCUGGACGCCUCGGUGCUGCACCAGGCGCUGGCUCACUCUCAUGACCAGAUCAGGGCUGCUACAUGUAGACUUUUAGGACAUUUAGAUCCAUUCGGGCCUCCUACACUGCAGCCUGACACUUUUAAACGCAUGAUAAACUGUCUUCAUGACCCCCGCGUGCCUGUACGACGGCUGUCUUGCAGGGCAGUAGGGAACUGGUUGGGAUACAUUGCAGCAGGGUUUAAAAUGUGUGGGUCCAAUGGAAUGGGCGAUGACACUACAGGGUGGGGCAAAGGAAAAGAAAAUAAACCAGUGUUCAAGUGUUCAAACAACGCGAGUGCAGGAGAUUCUGCCACUAUGAGAGAACAGGCAGUGGACACUGAGGAGGGACGCAGGUGGGUUGAAGAAGCCAGGAGAACGGCGGCCGCGCUGGCGCCUCUGACCACUGACCCCGACGCCCUCACACGGUGCCACUGCUGCGCAGCACUGGGAAACCUGGUAAAUGUCGACGGCGCUGUGUCCUGGCUGCUGGAGGAAGACGUGUCCAGCCUGCUUCUGAGAGCUGCGUGCACAGAUUCCCAUAAUGCAGUGAGAAAAGCCGCCAUAGCAACCCUGCACCUGUACAGCGGGCAGGACGCAAUACGUCAGGUCCUGAUAUCCCUCGACGCCAGUGAGAAACUUCUUCAUGCUUCCCAAAAUGCACCUCCACAGUGUGACUAUCAUCAGCUCAUAGGGCAGCUGUGAGUGGGUCCAGUUCACCAGGAGAGAAGCGGAUUAAAAUGUCAUGUGUAAAUAAUUUUUCUCCUUUUUCAUUUUAAAGUUGUGCUUCAUCCUGCCGUUGAGCAGCGUGGUAUGAGGACUGCAGACUGCAAUUUUUAAUUUUCUGUCUAAAAUUUGUCUGAAACAGAAUGAAAUAAAAAAAUUAAAAUCACUUUUCUUAAUGAA